CAUAAUGUUUCGUUUACGUUUGACUGCAUAGUAUAAACCUAAAACUUUACUAGGUAUUUCACAUCAUUUUUCAUCACGAAGAUUUUCCAACUGUCCAAAGAUCGUGCUUCACUCAAUUUCAUGUUAUAUCGUUAUCAGUUUAUCAAGUUGUAAAGUUGUCAGUACAAGGCACUAAUUACAUAGUACCUAUUGACUACUCAGUACUCACUACUCACUAGUCACUGAGCACCAUAGAGAGUAACUCGGGUCUCAGACGUCUCAGUUCGUCAGUCGUCACGGACCACAAACCUUGACGGUCGGCCGACGACCGAAUAAAUGUCGAUGGACGUCGGACGACGUACAUUCGAGACUUCCUUUCGAGGCUGACCCGAAUAGAUAUUUGCGGAUCAUAAGCCCGCCGAACAUCGUACGCGAACGACCGUCCUGUCCGAUCCGCACACAAACUCGCUAAGUAUCUGCCCUUUGCAAAGCCCACCUGUACCUGCUACGUACCGAUCUGAAAUGAGUUUACCCGAGGGAGCCGCUGCGGCCGGAACGCCAUCUACGAUUUCGUUGGAUUCGCUCCCCAUCGAGGUAUUCCUAAUGAUUUGUGAACGCAUCGAUGCUGACACUUUGAUUAGGUCAUUGAUGUAUGUCAACAAACAGUUCUACGACAUAAUCAGUGACAAUUACCUGUGGAAGAAAAGAGCAAUUGGUAAAUUUAACGAUUGCAAUGUGGCGUUCAUGUUGACAAGCGCUUACAAUGAAAACACAUUUAAUUGGAAGCAAUUUGCCUGGCACGCAGAAUUGGAAGACAGUUGUUGGAGCCAAUAUGAGACAAAAACCACUACCACUGUUUUUAGUGGAGCUCAUUUUUCUGAAGUGGAUGCCGUCAUUAUGGCAAAAGAUGGUAAUCAUUGCAUGUCUGCAUCUAGAGAUCGUUCUAUAUGCAUGUGGAACACGACGGGUGCAGUAGAUAACCCUGUUGUACACAAAGUAGACAGCCAUUUAGGAUGGGUAUGGGAUUUAGGAAUUUAUGAUGAAGAUCAUUUUUUAUCGUGUUCUUGGGAUUCAAAAGUCAAAUUAUGGAAUACGAGCAACUUCACGUCAUCAUCACUACCAAUACACACAUUUAGUACUGAUGCAGCUGUGUUGUCAAUUACAAGCAAAGAAAAUUUUGUUGCUGCUGGACUUUAUUGUCCUAAGAUAAUUGCAUUUGAUCCCCGAGAACCUGAAAAACGACUCUUUGAACUAUUAAAUUCUCAUACACGUAGUAUUAUUGAUUUAUGCUUAAUAGAAGAUAAUUAUUUAAUAUCACUGAGUGAAGACAAAACUGUAUCUGUUUGGGAUUUGCGUACAAAUAAUAAUGUUAAAUCUAUGUACCUCUCUAAACAGGGCAGUAGAUUUCCAAUGUGUGCUUCUUACUAUGACAAUAUUCUAUUUAUUGGCGAUAAUAGAGAUUGUAUGUACUGGUUGGACUGUUCACAUGGAUUGUAUAAUGUUCUUGAGACUGUAAAACUUGCAAAGCCUUUAAAUAAUUGCCGUAACUACAAGCUUAAUUGCAUUAAAUGUACUAAUUACGGCAGUAUUAUAACUGGGGGCAAUGAAGGAGUUGUUUACAUUUUAACUCCAACAAAUCCUCCUAAAGUUAUAACCAAAAUUGUUGAUUCCGGUUCAGAAAUAACUUCAAUUGACUACCAAAAUGAUACUUUAGUUGUCGGAUAUGUCAGUAGUGAUGUUCAAGUGUGGAAAAAAAAAUAGUCAUAUCUGUGAUACCCAAAUAUAAUUCAUUGUUCUUAAACUCAAUUAUAUAUAAUACAUAAUUGUAAAUAUUUAUUUUUUUA